UGUGCUUCCGGUGAACUGUGUAUUCGGUGUCGUUGGUUCCGUAGUGGUUGUAGCUAUUGUCAUCUGGUAUGGCUACAGUGGGCCCUGAGUGCUCCCUGUCUGGGGCUCUGGUACCCCUGGAGCAGGCUUCAGGGGCUGUGGCUGUGCCGUCAUCGGAGAAUGCAGAGAGCAUGAAGCCGAAGAAGAAGGUUCUGACAGAGCAGACUUACAUAGAGAACCUGCAAAAGAUUAUCCAGAGAGAUUUCUUUCCUGAUGUGGAAAAGCUGCGGGCUCAGAAGGAAUACUUAGAGGCGGAAGAGUCUGGAGACCUUGAGAAGAUGAGGCAGAUAGCUAUCAAGUUUGGAACAUCGGGGAAGUUUUCUAGAGAGACUCCAUUACCUUAUGCUACACCUGCCACAUUUGAAACACCCGUUGGUCUUCCUGGUACACCAUCUUUGCUUGUGAAGCACAGGACAGGAGAUGAAGCAGAAAGCGAGAAAACAGAAGAGGAAAAUCAGGAGCUUCCCUGCCUUGAUAAGUUUUUAGCGAAACACACUAGCGAGGACAACGCUUCCUUUGAACAAAUAAUGGAAGUUGCAAAGGAGAAGGAGAAGGCACGAAAUUCCUGGCUAUACGAAGCUGAAGAAGAAUACAACCAACGGUUCCAGGACAACUUGGCUCUUCCUUCUGCUGAAAUGCAAGCCAUAGAAAAUGUAAAAUCAGGGCUAGACACCUGGGAGUACAAAACACACAACACCCUCAUGUAUUAUCCUGCAGGUGUGCCAGAUAAUGAUGCCAUAUUCAAGAAACCUAGGGAGGUGGUCCAUAGAAACACACGUUUCCAGAGGGACCCCUUCAGUCAAGCCUUGAGUAAGACACAGCUACAACAAGCAGCUGCCUUGAAUGCACAAUAUAAACAAGGGAAGGUUGGUCCUGAUGGGAAGGAAUUGAUACCACAGGAAUCCCCAAAAGUCAAUGGUUUUGGAUAUGUAGCCACUCCAUCGCCUGCUCCUGGAGUUGACGAUUCCCCUUUAAUGACUUGGGGUGAAGUUGAGAGCACUCCUUUUCGUCUGGAUGGUUCAGAGACCCCAUAUUUGGAAAAGGCACCUGGUCCAUCAUUUAAGAUUCUGGAACCUGGCCGCAGGGAGCGUUUAGGUCUGAAAAUGGCAAAUGAGGCAGCAGCCAAAAACAGAGCCAAUAAACAGGAAGCAUUGAGGAAGGUGACAGAAAAUCUGGCUAGCCUGACACCCAAAGGUCUUCAUCCAUCCAUGUCUCCUGCUCUUCAGCGUUUGGUGAAUAGAACUUCAAGUAAAUACACUGAUAAAGCUUUAAGAGCAAGUUAUACCCCUUCCCCUACACACACAAGCUUGCAUGUUCUUAAGACCCCAGGAGGAUCUCGUCUAACGCCCACUGUAACCCCUACUCUUGGAGCUGCUUCACAAUCUCCUACUGUUCCUGAUUCCACCACCAUUACAGAUGACCUGCUGCAUUUACCCAAACGAAGAAAAGCAUCAGAUUUCUUUUGAAG